AACCCCCUUCCAUCUCCAGCCCCAUCCGCCAUGGCGCUUCACACUGUCUCGGGCAUCAAGCUCCCACCCUUCUCCCUCCCGCUUCCCCACCGCCACCUGGGCGCCAGCCCCAGCGGCGGCGGCAUCAGCAGCGGCCUCUACGCGAGCAGCGCAUUCCCGCGACGCCAAUGCGGCACGCUCGCCGCCGUCGUGCGCUGCGCGAGGCGCACGGGCAAGCGGCGGUACCCGUCGGAGAAGAAGCGCCUGGAUCGGCGCCACAAGGAGCAGCUCCGCCAGACCGCCCCCGAGGAGGGCGGCGUGGCCCGGGAGGCUGGCUUCUGGCGCCUCUCCAAGCUCGCCGUCCCCGCCAGCGACGACCCCGGCAAGGACUUCCUCGGCGUCUCCCCGCCGCUCCUCCAGGCCAUUGCCAAGGCCCUCAAGUUCCCGGUCGCUUCUAUGCUCCCUGAAGAGGCUUUCUCUGUUAUCCGCAAGUCAUUUGAUGCACGCAAGAUUUUGAAAGAACCUCAAUUUGUUUAUACUGUUGAUGUGGAUGCUAAGAAGCUUCUGGACAUGGAGCCAAGGACAUGGGAUUUUAUUGCUAGAUUGGAACCCAGGCUUGGAAUUGUAGAAUAUAUGUCCGAUGAGAGGGUAGCAACUGAUCUGAUCAGUAUGCUUAAUGUUCAUAACAAAGUCUCCGAUGAUGAACAUGGUACCAGGGAUACUGUUAAUAAUGGCUCGAUCAGUCCUACACGAAUGAAACCAAGGGUGGCAAUUGUAGGAAGUGGCCCAUCUGGGUUGUUUGCUGCCCUUGUGUUAGCUGAACUUGGAGCAGAAGUUACCUUAUUGGAGCGUGGCCAACCUGUUGAGCAAAGAGGGCGUGACAUUGGUGCACUAGCAGUUAGACGAAUUCUCCAAUCAGAAAGCAACUUUUGCUUUGGCGAGGGUGGUGCAGGUACAUGGAGUGACGGGAAGCUUGUGACCAGGAUAGGGAAAAACACUGAUGGUGUUCAGGCUGUGAUGAAAACAUUUGUCCAUUUUGGAGGCCCUCCAAACAUUCUCAUUGAUGGGAGACCUCAUUUGGGUACAGAUAAACUUGUUCCUCUGUUGCGGAAUUUCAGACACCACUUAAGAGAGUUGGGCGUUGCCAUAAGAUUUAAUACCAGAGUAGAUGACCUUAUAGUGGAAGGCGGGCAGGUCAAAGGAGUUGUGGUUUCUGAUUCAAAUCUACAGCCAGGUUCUGUUGAUCAGAAACUAUCAUUCGAUGCAGUUGUGUUAGCAGUUGGGCACUCAGCUCGUGACACAUACAGUAUGCUUCUUAGGCAUAAUGUAGAUAUAACCCCCAAGAAUUUUUCUGUUGGCUUAAGAAUCGAACACCCCCAAGAACUGAUAAACAACAUCCAAUAUUCUGAAUUGGCUGCUGAAGUACAUAAAGGGCGUGGGCGGAUACCUGUAGCAGAUUACAAGAUAGUGAAGUCUAUUGGUGAAGGAGAUGUGAAGAAUGAUAUAGAGCAAGUAGAUCAAAAUCGCAGCUGUUAUUCGUUUUGCAUGUGUCCUGGAGGACAGGUUGUUCUAACUAGCACAAACCCAUUGGAAUUGUGUGUCAAUGGUAUGUCAUUCUCACGGCGAGCGUCUAAGUGGGCAAACUCAGCUCUUGUGGUCACUGUAUCGUCUCAUGAUUUUGAACCAUUUCAAUCCCAUGGUUCUCUUGCGGGCGUAGAGUUCCAGAGAGAGUAUGAAAGAAGAGCAGCUAUGAUGGGGGGAGGGAAUUUUGUUGUCCCUGCACAGUGUGUCACAGAUUUUAUCAGUAACAAACUGUCAGUUACAACUCUCCCACCAUCAAGCUAUAGGUUGGGGGUUCGUCCAUCCAAACUCCAUGAGUUAUUCCCUCCUUACUUAACUGAAGCUUUGCAACAAUCAAUAAUGAUGAUUGACAAAGAGAUGCCAGGCUUUAUUUCUAGUGAGGCCUUACUUCAUGGUGUAGAGACUAGAACGAGCUCCCCCUUGCAAAUUUCACGACACAAGGAGACAUACGAGAGCACGUCACUGCAAGGGCUAUAUCCAAUUGGGGAAGGUGCUGGCUACGCAGGGGGCAUAGUAAGUGCUGCUGUGGAUGGUAUGUAUUGCGGUUUUGCUUUAGCGAAACAGCUUUCUCUGUUCGCUGGUGAUAUAGAGGCAAUUUUCGGCAAAGCACAAAAGCAAACAGGUUCUGUAAAAUAUUGAGUUCUGACUCCUAGCUAUUUGUUCACACUUCAUAGGGCCUAGAUUUAGAUUGUUCAGACCGUCCCACCCCCCCUGCUAGACAAUUUUGCCAGGGAGAAAACCGGGGAAGUGUACUCGUAAAGAAAUUCGAGUCUGAUGUAAAGAUAACAGGGAUGCUAUAGGAGUUAACAUUAUGUAUAACAAAGGCAACUUCUUAGCAAGGUAGCAGUUUCCAGUUGUUUC